AUAAAAGAGAAGAAAAUGGUUGGGCUCAAUUAGCCCGGCCCAGGAGAAAAAAGGCCUCCUCGUGCGUGCCCAACCAGAGAGAGAAGAAAAAAAAGGCCAGAGAGACGAGGAGGUGGCCGUUAAAUUCAGUUCGUCCCCGCCCUCCCCGCGUACUCGUCGCUCGAAACCUUCUUCCUCCUCCCACCUCCGUCCCAACUCCCAACGCCACCGCGCCGCACUGCGACUGCCCCCACCGGAAGCCAGCCAGCCACCGCACCGCACCCUCCUCCCCCUCCACCCUAAACCACAUCGUGCUCCCUCCGCAAGCCCGCAUCCUCUGCGAUGAAUCAAGUUGGCCAGCGGCCACCACCGCCGGUGCCGGAGCCACGCCCACCGCCGCCGACAGGGAGCUGGAUCAGGAUCUUGCGCUCGGUGGCCUCUUCAUUGGGCUUAUCUCUCCGCUCUCUCAUGGUGCUACUUUGGCGCGCAUGCCGCUUACCGGCGGGCCAAGACGAGGAGGAGCGCAAUGAUGCCAAGAACAAGAACGAGACAGGCGGCCAAGAUGAUGAGGAUCGCCUGAAGAAGACGGAGAUUGCCGCCAGGAAACGAGCAAGGCAGAAGGCCAAGAAAGCGGCCAGAAAGGAGGCCAAGGCGAAGGCCAAGAAGACCAAGAAGGAGGCCAAGGCGGAGGACAAGAAGAAGAGGCAGGAGGAGGAGGCCAUGAAGAGGAAAGAAGAGGAGGAGGCGGCCAAGGAGGAGGCCAGGAUCAGGGAAGAAGAGCAGAAGGCAGCCAAGGAGAAGGCCAGGCAGAAGCUUGCCGAGGACAAGAAAAAGGCUGACCUGGAGGAGGCCAAGAGACGGCAGCGGGAGGACGCCGAGCGGAGGAAGGAGGAGGCCAGGAUGGAGGAGGAGGACAGGCAAAGGAGGCGGGAGGAGGCCCAGAGGAGGAAGGAGGCGGACAGGAACAAGGAUGAGCAUGAGGAUGAGAAGGAUGUUCACAUUAGUUACUGGUCUCAAAAUCACAACAAGCGCAAGAAGCAGUGCCUAGGCAACAUUCCAGACGAGAUUGAUCGCCAUAACAACAAGUUUCACAAGGGAGUUGAGAUGCGAAGUUGCAGGAAGAAGGGCUGCCUUGUUAGAGCCAAUAAGAGGGACAUCCAGGUCCAUGAGUACUACUGUCAUGGUUUGAGCAAAUGAGGCCCCUGUUUGGUGCUUCUCUAGUGAGUGCUAGCAUUAGUUUUUACUCUGUUUCACAUGAGCUGUGCGCGCUAGUGUGCUGUUUGGAGAAUUUGGUACGAGAAUCUUGUGAAUGGCCUUUGGUGAUGAAUGCAUGUACGAAAAUCACUAUGACAAGCAAUGCAAUCGAAUUGCAGUAUA